CGCAUGGAUAACAUCUUCUGCUGCAAGACUACUAACAAUGAAGAUAACCUGCACAGCCUUUGUGCUCCUCAUCCAAACACUGCAAUGUUUGGCCUCAGAUGAUUCAACAUUUCAACUAAGUAGCAAGGCCACUGGUUUUUGUUUGGUUAAAGUACAUGACUUCUGCUUCGACAUUCGCUGGACAACUGGUGACCGACUUCUGGUUCCCUGGAAAAAAAAGUGCCUGGGAGUCCAGGGGAAAAGUGUGGGCAGUGAAAUAACCCUCUACGAUUGUGAUGAGACAAGUGAACUACAAAAGUGGGAAUGCAAAAAUGAAACCGUGCUCGCCCUCAAAGACCAAGAGCUUUACAUUGAACUCACUGCAGAUAACACCGCAGUUCUCUCCAAAACAAUAGGACCCAAUAACCACCUCACAAUUUCAGGGACAUCAAGGGGUGCUUGCGCAAGAACAUACAGGGAACUUUACACCAUUGGAGGAAAUGCAAAUGGCAGGACCUGCAUGUUUCCCUUCCUGUACAAAGAUCAGUGGUACUCAUCCUGCACAAUGUUUGACUCCUCAAAAAAGCGUCUUUGGUGUGCGAUUGAAACAAAAUAUGACCAUGAACUCUGGGGCUACUGUCCAACUAACUCCAAAGAACACUGGAGCAAACACAUUGUAACAGGAGCGUAUUAUCAGCUCAACACACAGUCAGCUCUGACUUGGUCUCAGGCUGAAACCAGCUGCCAACAGCAGAGCGCCUCCCUGCUCAGUAUCACCGAUCCUCACGAGCAGGCUUAUGUCAUGGUACUACUACAGGCAGCAGGCAGGGGACAGGGGGACAAGCUUUGGACUGGGCUGAUCCUGGAUCCAGAACAUGGUUGGCAAUGGUCUAAUGGGAGGCCUUACCGUUACCUGAACUGGGACUCAGGACAUCCACUUCCUAAUCCAGGACACAACUGUGCAAUUUCUAAUGGCGGUGUCCAGUACUCCUGGCAAAGUUCAACAUGCACCAAGAAACUGGGGUACAUCUGCUACAGUGAAGGAGCUGUGCCUCCUACUGAAGAUGUUGAGACAGGAUUUUGUUCAAGACCUUGGAUUCCCUACAAUGGCCACUGCUUCUACCUCAAUCGGACUCAGAAAACAUGGCCUGAUGCUCAGAGAGAGUGCCGCAAAAAAGGAGGGGACCUCGUCAGCAUCCGCAAUGUGGAGGACCAAAGCUUUGUCAUCUCUCAACUUGGCUAUGCGUCCACUGAUGAGCUUUGGAUUGGACUGAAUGACAGGAAGACAGAGGGUCUGUUUGACUGGACUGACCACUCUACUGUCAGCUUCACCAGCUGGGAGUUUGGGGAACCUGCUGUCUCCACUGACCAAGAAGACUGUGUUCUCAUCAGGGGAGAGAAUGGGAACUGGGCAGACCGUGUGUGUGAGGACAAGCAUGGCUUUAUUUGUAUGAAGCUGAGCGCCUCUGAACCCUCCGGAGAUGAGGUGGAGCAGAAUAUAGGCUGCAAAACGGGUUGGAAAAGGCACGGCUCCUACUGCUACUUUGUAGGGACAGAGACAAAGACGUUUGAUGAAGCCAAAGAUGACUGCAAGAGCUCAGAUUCUUACUUAGCUGAUGUUUCAAAUGGGGUGGAUAAUGCAUUCCUUGUCAGCUUGGUGGGGUUGAGACCAGAGAAAUACUUCUGGUUAGGCCUCUCAAACCAGAAAGACAUUGAUUACUUUAAGUGGACCCAGGGAAACGCAGUGAGAUUUACUCACUGGAACGCUGAAAUGCCAGGUCACCAACAGGGCUGUGUUGCCAUGACAACUGGGCUAUUUGCUGGCCUCUGGAACGUGCUACCCUGCACCAAUAAGGAAAAAUACAUCUGCAAACACCUGGCAGAGGGGGCAGAUUUAACCCCUGUACCGCCAACUGUUCCCCAUCCCAAGUGUGCAGAGGGCUGGACUCCUCUUGUGUCAAGAAACUACUGCUAUAAGUUGUAUCUAGGGCCAUCUGUUAACAAGAAGACCUGGUACGAGGCCAGAGAUUACUGCAGGGCCAUUGGAGGAGACCUGCUCAGCAUCCACAGCGCUGCUGACCUAAAACUGCAAAAAAGAUAUGAUUCAGUCUGGAUUGGACUUAGUGCUCCUGACCCGAUCACUGGUUACGUAUGGAGCGAUGGAUCUCCAGUAAAUUUCCUACACUGGAAGGACGGAGAGCCAAACAAUAAAAACAAUGUGGAAUCUUGUGCUGAAUUGUUAAUAUAUAGGUGGGGCUGGAGCAAGUCGUGGAACGAUGUGCACUGUGAGAAAAGUCUUGGAUGGAUGUGUCAGAUCCGUGCAGGAGUGACUCCAAAGCCACCUCCACAACCUGCCGCACCUGACUACAAUAAGACCUCAGAUGGGUGGCUAGAAUGGAAGGGAAACCAGUAUUAUAUUAACAAUAAGUUGAUGGCCAUGGAAGAAGCUCGUCACUUCUGCCAAAAGAGGCAUAGUGACUUGGUAACUAUCAACAGUGAAGCUGAAGGUGUCUUUUUGUGGAAACGGAUAUCGGAAACUUAUCGGUCAUACUGGAUAGGUCUGACAGCAGAACUUGAUGGAACAUUUGAGUGGAUGGAUGGUUCUCAAGUGGUGUUUCAAAGAUGGAGUGAAGGUCAGCCUGAUUUCAAGAAUUAUGAUGAGAACUGCGUUGUCAUGGAGCAGUAUAAUGGGUUCUGGCAUGACUAUAAUUGUGGGUAUCAGCAUGGCUCCAUUUGCAAACGCAGGGACUCACCCCCUGUCAAUGCCACCGUGGCACCCACAAUGGCCCCUAAAGGUGGCUGCCCACCGCACUGGAAAAAAUUUAACUCUAAGUGUUACACCAUCAUCAAAGACCAGAAAUUAACAUGGGAUGGAGGGAAGAAACAGUGCCAAGCUAUGGGUGGAAACUUGGCCUCUAUUUCAUCAAGACAUGUGGAAGUGUUUCUGAUGACUCAAAUGGCUGACAGACCUAUUUCAGACCUCUGGAUUGGUUUUCGCAGUUUAAAUGGUGAUUAUUAUUGGACUGAUGGGCAACCAAGGCGAUACGUCAACCUGGGUUUUAAAGGACACCACCGUGUUCGAUUUUCUUCGAGAACUUGUGUGGUGAUCAAUACCAAUCCUUAUCGUGUUACUGGGAAAUGGAUACCGAAGUCCUGCAAUGACACCAAUGGAUAUAUCUGUCAUCGAAAUGUUGACUCUUCUCUCCCAGACUCUCCUGAACCAACAACUUCUACUGACUAUGUCAGAAUACUUAAUGACUCUAUCAAGGUUGUUCCUCAACAAAUGAGCUGGGAUGCAGCCAAGAAGCACUGUGAAGAUGAUGGUGCUAAACUCACUAGCCUGAGAACUGAGUGGUCACAGGCCUAUGUUGAGCUGCUGGCCUUGACUCUCAAAGCUCCUCUGUGGAUUGGAAUGAACAAAGCGCAGACCAAUGGGUAUUUCAGAUAUAUUGAUGGCUGGCGCAUGAGUUUUAGACACUGGGGUAAAAAUGAGCCAAGCAGAGACAGACCUUGUGUCUACGUGGAUGUGGAUGGAAAAUGGAAGACUGCCUACUGUAACCAGACUAUGAACAGUGUUUGUAUGAAGUCCACAGACGUUCCACCAACAGAGUCAAGUCUUUUUCCAGGGAUUUGCCCUGAAGACCCAGAGACAUUGAACACAGGCCAGAGUUAUUUCUGGCUACCAUUUAAGGGUUACUGUUACAAAUUUUUCACAGAAUCAAAAGCCUGGCCAGACGCAUCUGCCAGCUGUGCAAGACAUGGUGGAUCACUGGCCAGCAUUGAAGAUCCCUCUGAGCAAGAUUUCAUUCAAAGCAAUGCAAAAAUGUUUGAAGACAGCCAGGCCUCUUUCUGGAUUGGCCUGUACAAAACUCACAGAGGGGAGUGGUUUUGGUUGGACAGAACAGUCAUGGACUACACGAACUGGGGUGAAGGCGAACCUGAUUCUGGCAGCCAUGGAAGGAUUAGUACUUCAAGUGGGACAUGGACAGCAAGCGAUCACUGGUACAUUAGACCAUAUAUCUGCAAAACACCCAAAGUAUUACCACCAAUGACAUCACCAUCAUCAUCACCAGCUGGACUUGAUCGUCACCACCAUGGCUACAUCACUUUGGCAGUUGUGCUGGUCAUGACUGGAAUUACCAUCGUGGCAGCCACUGCCUUCUUCCUCUUCAGGAAGAAAAGGCAUCGCUUACCCUUCCCUGGGAAGUCGACAAACUUUGGAAACCCACUUUUCUUCAGCAAUGAACAGUCCCAAUCUGAUGUGGCUGACACAAAUAAACUGGUAGAGAAUGCACAGGAAGAGAACCCUGAGCCUGUUAUAGCUAUGUUAUAACAUGCAUCCCCUGGCCCCCCAAAAAAACCCAGAAUCUGUUCACUUUACUUUUUGACCUUACCUAAAUGUUAAAACAAGCGUUGUGUAUUUUAAUAUUUGCUAGAGAUCAACUGCUGUGUAAAGUUUAAAGAGCUGUAAUGUCUAAUUAGCACUGAACAAAAGAAUAAAUAGACAUUAUCACUACUGCAUUUCAUCAUGCUUAAAGCUACAUAAUGCUUAGCUUUAUCCAUCUGGAAAUUCCAGUGACCUCCAAUAUAUGCCUUUGCCAUGAAAACACUGUUACAUUACAAUAUGUAUUUCUCAUUUUACCAGUUAUCUAUCAAGAGGUACUCUUUUUUCACAGAAAAACAUUUUACAUACAGUAAAUUUUAAUUUUUCAUUUUAAUUUCCAAACAAUGGAGCAAAAACACAUCCAAGAGGACAAACAGUGCCACCUGGUGGCUACAGUAACACAGUUGCAUGGGGAUGGAGUGACUAAACAUAAACAAAAUGUAUAUCUUAAAACACAUACCUGCAGAAGAGAUUAAUAUAUAUAUAUAUUAAUUGUCUUCUGGUCUACUUUCAUUCUGCACUUCUGCUUCUAUACAUGCGAACAUGCAGUUUACACUUGCAAUGCAAGCUAUGCUGCAUAGAUUACAUGACACAGGGCAGACUGCUGCGGUGCAAAUCACGCCAACAAAAUGAAACUAAAAGCAUCAGUAAAACUUAUAUUAACAGUCAAAACAACACAUAACAGCUCUGUAACAUAAUAGUAUGCAACAGUAAAUAAUACGCACCAAAGAUUCUAACAUGAAUGUCUAAAUUCCUAAGGAAAAUAUUACAGUCACGGCAGCCUUUUCUCACACAACUUACCCUCAGCAAUGCAAAACGGCACUGUGAGGGGUAGAAGGGAGGAGCUACGGAAGCCCAGGAGGUAUGGAUUUCCACAGGAAAAAUUUAUAAAAUAACAGUAAAUAAAAGUAACUAAUUAAGAUAAAAUUACAUAAAAGUACUCAAAAUAAUCAUUAAAUUAUUAAUAAAAUUCACAAGAAUGAAUUGGAAAAAAUAAUAAAGUGCAUUUUUAACUUGUUACACAAGAAUGGUGACAUUUGUUUAUUACACACACAAUGUACUCCUGUACUAAGGCUAAUGGGAAUGCCAUUGGUGUUGCAGAAAUCUGUCAUAAAACACAAAGUAUUGGACAAAUUUUGUUCUACUUAGUCUCUGUCAGCAGCUGGAAAAGGCCAAAAACUCUCAAAAGACGUUGUACACACAGAUUUAUUUGGAGGAAAUGUUUUGGCCAAAUUGUGCUUAAACACGCAGAAUGAUAUAACAACGAUUUACCAAGGAUUACCAAACCCUCAAUUUGAAUUUGAUGUUGCCCAAUUGCUUUGACUAUUAAUCAAUUUGUACAAGCUCACCUCACCUGUUUACUUUGUGACCCCUUACUGAUCAGAAGCUUUUCCACAGCUCACUUCUCAUAUUCACAGAAACCACUUCCUCUUUGAACAACAGUAUUUUCAAAAAGGCUCAAAGGCACAUUCAAUUGGGUCCAAUUCACCAAAUAAUUUUGUCUUUAAACUGGUACUAAGGAUCCCUGAUAACACAUACAAUGUAUAAACCAAUAACAGUACAUAAUUAUCAUUGAUAUGUGCGCUUGUAAGUUCUUCUUUAAUCUUUAAUAAAGCACAUUUCUCUCCUUUACAGCCAUGCAUGCAGGCCUACUUCCUCUGCUGCGUCUGCAAGCUGAGGGUUAAGGGUGUGGACCAAUGACGAUAGAUUUGUAACGUUUUUACCAGUCCAGGAAAUGUCAAUCUUUUACCACACUGAAAAUAUAGACGUGGGCUGUGAUAGACUGACACAGCAUUUAAAGUGCAGGACUUAAACACUGAAGGCAGUGGGUGGGUGGGCGAGUGGAUGAAUCAGGGAUACAGACCAUUUUUGGAGACAGCACAACACAAUUUUCUAACUAGGAGCAGCAGCCUUCCUUGCAAAUAUUGAUUAUUAAAUGAGCUUAUUAAAAUCAUCAUUGUAUAUCAUGUGAAACACCAGGAGCAGCAUUUCCACUGGUAACAUCUUGCCAUGACAGGCAACCACAGCAAAAAAAAAAAAAAAAAAAAAAUACGAAAGAAAACAAAACAUUCCACUUUCAAUCAUGUGAUCCACUUCCUCAAUAUGCUACAGAUGUUGUUCAGAUGUUACUGCUGCAAAGAAUCUUAUAAUGGUCAUCAUCAGCGGAUCAACUUUAUUCAGUUGUGAUGGUUCAGUAUUUAAAUAUGAUCUAUGCUUGGAAUCACUGUCACAUGAUAAUGGCCACUUGUUAUCAUGCAGCAAUGGGAAAACAACUGAAUUUCCACCUGAGCAAACUGAGCAAAACUCCAUCUGUUGAUGAAGACCACAGCAUGUUGUGCUGAGAUAGCGAUCACUUUUAUAACAAACACUAGAAGGAACUUGCCAUGGUGAGCUCAAAAUGCAGGACAGAAGAUUAAACAUAAUAAAAAUAAAUCCAUCACAAAAAUAGAACAUAAUUACAUAUCAAGUAUCAUAGGCAUAAAAAUGCGUAAAGAUAGAACAAAAAGAACAAAACAAAAAUACAUUCUAAAGUGCCAAAAUAAUGGGAUGAAAUGUAGCUGAAAGCUCUGGAAUAUGAAACUUACGUUUUUUUUAUUGAAAGUUUAUGAGGACAAUAUGAGGACAGCGGUACACAUUU